AUGGCGCUGGGAAACAUGGUGUUGGCUGCCAAAUUACAUAAGGCGGCUGGUGCGUUCAACUUCGCACUUUGCAUUCCCAUCUGGCAUAUUUUUAUUAUUGCGCAGAUUCUCGACGCGGUCAAUUUCCACAUCGCACUACCAGUGGAUGACCGAAGUACACUCAUCCUUGGAAAGAACCAGAAAGCCCGGAAGCGUGAGGUUAAGGGAUGGAUCUAG